GACUCCCUUUAUUUUUCUUCCCAUCUAACAUCUUAAUAUCUAAACCAAGAAACUAUCUUCAUACCCUAAAAAAUGGCUACUUUCUUUGGCUCUCCAACUUUUCUCUCUCACCCAUUAGCAAGAACUAACUACUUCUCUUCAUCAUCUCAGGCACCACCUCCUCCUCCUCCUACCCCACCAACUCCACCUUCACAAUCACAGUCAUCAGUGCCACCACAACAGCUAAGCACAAGCUCAUCUGAUCGGCCAACACCAAUCUCUGCUAAAGUUCAAGAACAAAAGCCUGUUAAGCCUGUUGCUGCUUCCACUACCAAAGUUGAAAGCACUGACUGGAUAGCUUCCACAUUAACAAGGCGGUUUGGCCUUGGUGCUGGCCUUGCUUGGGCUGGUUUUCUUGCAUUUGGUGUGAUCUCUGAGCAGAUUAAGACCCGCCUUGAAGUCUUCCAACAAGAAGCAAAUACAAGAGAUGUUGAGAAGGAAGACGAGGUAGUCUUGCCUAACGGCAUAAGGUACAUUGAAUUGAGGGUUGGAGGGGGUGCUUCUCCAAGGCCAGGGGACUUGGUGGUGAUUGAUCUCAAGGGAAGAGUUGAAGGAAGUGGACAAGUAUUUGUUGAUACAUUUGGAGGAGACAUGAACAAGAAGAAGCCUUUGGCAUUAGUAAUGGGGUCAAGGCCUUAUAGUAAAGGAAUGUGUGAGGGUAUAGAAUAUGUAUUGAGAUCAAUGAAAGCUGGAGGGAAAAGGAAAGUUACAGUGCCCUCUAGUUUAGGGUUUGGAGAAAAUGGUGCAGAUUUAGGUUCUGGUGUACAAAUCCCACCUUUUGCCACUCUUGAGUACAUUGUGGAGGUUGAGAAAGUUUCAAUUGCACCAGCUUGAUUUUGUUUUCUUUUUUUCUUUUCUUUUUUUUCCUUUUAAAUACUGAGGUGGAGUGCAAAGGUACAAUUUCUUUACAAUUAUAAUUCAAAAGAAAACCUUUUAAUUUUUUUUA